AAGAAGAAAGGUGACGUCACAUCCUGUUUGGUCUGUCAUGGCAGCCAUAGUCAACAGAAAGUGUUUUAGCUUCGUUAUGCGUCAACAAUAUUUAUCUUUUAGCGCCGCGGCAGCGCUCAAAUCUGUUGCUGCGAGAAGUCUGCAUCUUCCUCAAAGGGUAAAAAUCGUGGAGGUUGGACCCAGAGACGGUCUGCAGAAUGAGAGGACCAUUGUACCAGCAGAGACAAAAAUUCAUUUGAUUGACAUGCUGUCAGAAUCAGGGCUGCAGGUCAUUGAGGCCACCAGCUUCGUGUCGCCAAAAUGGGUUCCACAGAUGGCAGACCAGGUGGAGGUGAUGAGGGGGAUACGGAGGAAACCAGGAGUGUCUUACCCAGUCCUGACACCCAACCUGAAGGGCUUCCAGGCAGCUGUAGGGGCGGGAGCUUCAGAGGUCGCCAUAUUUGGUGCAGCGUCUGAGCAAUUCAGCAAAAAGAACAUCAACUGCUCAGUGGACGAGAGUUUGCAGCGCUUUGAAGAGGUCAUGAAGGCCGCUAAAGAGGCUCGUGUGCCUGUCAGAGGUUAUGUGUCUUGUGUUCUUGGAUGUCCGUAUGAAGGCAAAGUGGCGCCUGAAAAAGUUGCACAUGUGGCGAAGCGUCUCUACUCCAUGGGCUGCUACGAGGUCUCCCUGGGUGACACCAUCGGCGUGGGGACUCCAGGUGGGAUGAGUGAAAUGCUGGAGGCUGUGAGCAGAGAGGUGCCGGUCGGCACUCUGGCAGUGCACUGCCACGACACCUACGGCCAGGCACUAGCUAACAUCCUCGUGGCUUUGCAGAUGGGUGUCAGUGUGGUCGACUCUUCAGUAGCAGGACUCGGCGGCUGUCCCUAUGCCCAAGGUGCUUCUGGGAAUGUGGCGACUGAGGACGUGGUCUAUAUGCUGCAUGGACUUGGGAUUCACACAGGAGUGGACCUGUCCAAGCUGAUGGAUGCCGGAGCUUUCAUCUGUCGAAGCCUCAACAAAAAGACCAACUCCAAAGUGUCCCAGGCAACCAGUAAACUUUAGGCAAACUCUCUCAAAGACUGUAGAGCCAACCUCCACCCCCAGUUCUACCAGUGAUUGUCUUAGUUUGACUGUUCAUUUAUGAGUAUGAAAACUAGUAUUUGGUUGGUACUUAUGCUGAUACCUUCUUCUAUUUAAGAAGAAAAAAAAAACAAAUAGUUAUGUGUUGAUUGUAUGACAGUGGACCUUAAAUGUGCCUUAUAUACGGUCAGUCACUAUCUGUGCCAUGACCUGAGGUGUUUCAUUUCAUUGUUAGUAACAUUGUUAUUUAGUUUAGUUUUUUUUGUUGUUGUUGUUUUCCUUGAAUUGGACAUCUGUGAGUCAACAUUUCCUUCUAGACAUGAGAUGAGGCAAAGUACAAAGAAACCUAUAUUUUGGUAUCAUACAAGAUAUAUCGGACCGGGAGUGACAUGUUUAGCCGCCUGUUCUCCUUGAAUUGCUGGCUGUCUGAGUGGUGUCCAAAAAAUGAGGUGGGCUUCAUAGAUAAUUGGCAAA